CUGGGGUCCGAGUGUAGCCGGGGUCCCCCGAUCAGGGCCUGUUCUCAUUCAGCAGCCUUGUCUCCCUCCUGGAACAAGCAGCAGAAAUGGUCUCCAAGUCGGACCAGCUGUUGAUCGUGGUCUCCAUCCUGGAAGGGCGUCAUUUUCCUAAGCGUGCCAAACAUAUGCUUGUGGUAGAAGCAAAGUUUGAUGGAGAACAGUUGGCUACUGACCCUGUGGACCACACUGACCAACCAGAAUUCGCCACUGAAUUAGCUUGGGAAAUAGAUAGAAAAGCACUUCAUCAGCACAGGUUGCAGCGCACACCUAUCAAGCUCCAGUGUUUUGCUGUGGAUUCUUUAUCUACAGCUAAAGAAUCCAUUGGGUACAUUGUUCUAGACUUAAGAACUGCCCAAGAAACAAAGCAGGCACCAAAGUGGUAUGCAUUGCUGAGUAAUAAAUACACAAAAUUCAAAUCUGAGAUACAAAUAAGCAUUGCUUUGGAAACAGAUACAAAAGCACAAGUAGAUGGUUUUAAAGCAAAGGAGGCACCACCUAGAGAAGGAAAAGUUCCUGGUGUGUUGUCUGGAAUUGAUCCUAAGAAAAUUGUAGCUGUCUUGAAUGAAGAAGAAGGCUACCAUCAGAUUGGACCAGCAGAAUAUUGCCGAGACUUCUUUGUUAUGUCAGUGACUAUAGCAUUUGCCACCCAGCUGGAGCAGUUAAUUCCAUGCACAAUGAAAAUACCAGAGAGGCAACCUGAGUUUUUCUUUUACUAUUCACUACUGGGAAAUGAUGUUACAAAUGAACCUUUCAAUGACUUGAUAAACCCAGAUUUUGAGCCAGAGAGAGCAUCUGUUCGAAUACGUAGCAGUAUUGAAGUACUUCGUAUUUAUCUGUCUCUUCAUUCUAAACUACAGAUUCAUCUGUGCUGUGGAGACCAAUCACUUGGAAGCACAGAAAUUCUACUAACUGGAUUAUUGAAGAAAGGAAGUACAGACAUCAACCAGCGCCCUGUAGCAGUUGAAGGUGCUUUUACCCUUGACCCACCCAACAGAGCCAAACAAAAACUUCCCCCUAUUCCAUUGGAAUUGGCACCUACUGUAGGAGUAUCUGUGGCUUUACAAAGAGAAGGCAUAAAUGCCCAGCCUUUAGUUGAAUUCAAGACCCAGUGUGAACAAGAGCACUCGAAGAAGAAGAGAGUUUUAACACCUAUACAGGAGAAGCCAUUGGCUGAAGAGAAAUCACCAACUCCUCAAUCACCUAUUCAACUUCAAAAUCACCAGUCACCACCAACUAAAGAUGAUGCAACAGAAAGUGAAGCAGAAAGCUUACAGUAUGACAAGGACAUAAAAGUAAAUCAAAAGGCUUUGAAUUCUCCUACAUCAGGUUCUCAAGCUCAUCUGGUGACAACAUCCAGUGCUUCUGAGAUGACUUCGGGACAAAAGAUUGCCGUCCCAGCAUCAUCACAUCAUUUUUGCUUUUCAAUAGAUUUAAGAAGUAUUCAUGACCUAGAAGUUGAUUUUCCAGUCAAUUGUAUGUUAAGGUAUUCUUAUCCGUUCUUUGGAAGUGCUGCUCCUAUCAUGACUAACCCACCUGUAGAAGUUCGAAAAAAUAUGGAGGUUUUUCUUCCUCAGUCUUACUGUGCAUUUGAUUUUGCUACUUUGCCUCAUCAACUCCAAGAUACCUUCCUGAGGUUACCACUGCUUGUUGAACUAUGGCAUAAGGACAAAAUGGCCAAAGACCUACUUCUAGGAAUUGCAAGAAUUCAGCUUUCAAAUGUCUUGUCUUUAGAAAAAACCCGAUUUUUAGGUGCUCAUGGUGAACAGUGUUGGCGACAAACUUAUAGUGAAAAGGUUCCUGUUACAGCAGCACAAGGGACAAAUAACAGGAUAGCAGAUCUUUCUUAUACAUUGACUCUAGAAGACCAUGGACUUGUGAAAAUACGUGAAAUAUUGAUAUCUGAAUCAGCUCAGGGUUUAGCUGCAAUUCAGCAGAAGCCACUUUCUCCUCAAGCGCCACUUUGUGUUACAGAAACACAGGCAGAGCCCCGAGAAACUCUAGAAUACAAAGCAGCACUGGAGUUAGAGAUGUGGAAAGAAAUGCAAGAAGACCUUUUUGAAAAUCAGCUGAAAAAGAGAGAACUAGCUCACAUGCAAGCUCUUGCAGAGGAAUGGAAGAAAAGGGAUAGAGAAAGAGAAUCAUUAGUAAAGAAAAAGGUAGCAGAAUACACUAUUUUGGAAGGAAAACUUCAGAAAACUUUAAAUGACUUAGAGAAGCGUGAACAACAGCUUUCCAAUGCAGAAUCAGAGCUACAAAGAAAGAAGAAAGAGCUGCACUUAGACCAUGAAAGAAACCUUCAGGAACUUCAGGAUUCUAUCCGGAGAAUCAAAGAGGAGUGUGCUCAUCAGGUGGAGUUGGAGAUAUCAAAGAUGAAGCAACUGGAUGGAGAAAAGCAACGACUUCAGCAGCAGCUUUAUGAUGCUGAAAUUAAAUAUAAAACUUUGGAAAAAGAAUUCCAGCAUUUCAAGGACCAACAAAACAGCAAACCAGAAAUCCGUCUUCAGUCAGAAAUAAAUCUUCUCACCUUGGAAAAGGUUGAACUUGAAAGAAAGUUGGAAUCAGCAACUAAGUCUAAACUACAUUACAAGCAGCAAUGGAGUAGAGCUCUGAAAGAACUUGCAAGAUUAAAGCAGCGUGAGCAAGAGAGUCAAAUGGCCCGUCUUAAAAAGCAACAGGAAGAGCUAGAACACAUGAGAUUACGUUAUCUGGCAGCAGAAGAGAAGGACACAAUGAAAACUGAGCGACAAGAACUAUUAGAUAUAAGAAAUGAACUCAACAGGUUAAGGAAACAAGACUCAGAACAGUUCCAGAAUUCCAGAGAGAUUGCAAGUGGAAAAAUGGAGAGCCCGGGUGGAAAAGCUUUUGAAGAAGAUUUGGAUGAUUAUCUGACUCGCUUAAUAGAAGAAAGAGAUACUUUGAUGAGAACGGGUGUGUAUAAUCAUGAGGAUCGGAUAAUAAGUGAACUGGACCGUCAGAUCAGAGAAGCUCUGGCCAAAAGCAGUACCAGUAAUUAAUAACAUUUGGAAAAAUCUUUGUUAAGACUUUGAAUCUGAGUUCUAAUUUCAUUGUAAAACUCUGAAAGCAGGAAAAUGUUUAAAACGCUGUUUUCUUUUUUUCACAUCCA